UUGACCAGAGUGGAUGAUCCAUCUGACAGCAUCAUCUUCAACAUCUCACUGACUGACUGUGGGAUUGAGAGAAAGAUGACUGACGAGGCUCUGAUUUACAGCACCUACAUCAACUACAAGCCUCAACUCACCACCAGACCCAUCAUCAGAACCAACAAAGUGACUGUCCCCAUUGAGUGUCACUUUCCCAGACGGGGUAAUGUGAGCAGCAACGCCAUCAAACCCACCUGGAUCCCUUUCACCUCCACCAAGUGGGGAGAGGAGCAUCUGUCCUUCUUGCUCCGCCUCAUGAACGAUGACUGGAGUGCAGAGCGGGGCUCCAAUGUCUACCACCUCGGGGAUCUCAUCCACAUCCAGGCCUCGGUUUUGACCCAGAACCAUAUGCCGUUGAGGGUCUUCAUCGAGCGCUGUGUGGCCACUCUGAGCCCAGACAAGGACUCCAAACCCAGCUAUUCCAUCGUUGACUUCAAAGGUUGCCUGAUGGACAGCAAAGUGGACGAUUCAUUCUCCUCGUUCGUGACGCCGCGACUCGAGGAGGACGAGCUGCGGUUUAAACUGGAUGCCUUCCGCUUCUUUGAGGAUUCUCGAGACUCGAUCUUUAUUAAAUGCGAGCUGAAAGCGGUGGCAUUAGAUGCGAAGCUCGAUUCCAGCAACAAAGCUUGUUUCUUCGACAAACUACUCCAGCGGUGGAACGCAGUGGAAGGUACGAACGACUUGUGCAGCUGCUGCGAUGCCCACCACUGCAACGAUGAAAGAGCGAGGGGACAUCUUUGGAACAGGAGAAAGAGGGCGUCUCAACCCGGAGCAGAGGUCGGUGCUGGUCUCCAGUGGGAAGGUGUGGUCAGUCUGAGGCCUAUUGUGGUGCUGGACGUUGAGCUGCGAGACUUUGACCAGCUCAUGGCGGUCGAACCCUCUGUUGGCAGUGGAAACAGCCGCUCAUCAUCUUCAGACAGUGGUGUGGCGAUGGCCUUGGCUGGCUCGGUGGUGCUCGGAGCUCUGAUUUGUGCAGCGCUGGUGACCUAUUACCACCUGAACAGGAAGCACCUGUCAAUCGCGCCGUGAAAAG